UGGGCCUCUGGAGAGUCGAGUAAGAGAGAGGCUUGAGAUCCCUUGGUCUUAUCCUCGCCGCCGGACAAUGGAGCACGUCGCGGCGGCGCUGGUGCCCUCCUGGAGAGCAGUGGUGGUGCUCUUCUCCUACCUAGCCUACCUCGCCGCCGCCGGCGCCAUCCUCCCCGGCAAGCUCGUCCCCGGAGCCGUCCUCCCGGACUCCUCUCGCCUCCACUACCGCUGCAAUGGUUUGCUCUCGCUCUUCCUCCUGCUGGGGCUCUCUUCGCUCGGCGUCUACAUGGGAUGGAUGUCCCCUACGGUCAUAGCUGACCGUGGAAUCGAGCUGCUGUCUGCCACCUUCAUUUUUAGUGUUAUUGUCACUUUCUUACUGUAUUAUUCAGGAUUAAGGUCCCAUCAUAAAAGUUCUUCCUUGAAACCGCAUGUCAGUGGGAGCUUCAUACAAGAUUGGUGGUUGGGAGUGCAGCUCAAUCCUCAUUUCAUGGGAGUUGACCUCAAGUUCUUUUUUGUGAGAGCUGGGAUGAUGGCAUGGUUAUUUAUCAACCUAUCGUUGUUUGCAAAGAGCUACCUAGCUGGUUCAGCCAAUCUUUCAGUCAUUCUCUACCAAUUCUUUUGUGUGUGGUAUAUUGUAGAUUACUUUGUUCAUGAGGAAUUCAUGACCUCAACAUGGGACAUUAUUGCGGAAAGGCUGGGCUUCAUGCUGGUUUUUGGUGAUCUGGUGUUCAUUCCAUUUACCUUCACCAUUCAGGGAUGGUGGCUUUUGAGAAAUAAAGUGGAGCUGUCCCAUUUGGCUGCUAUAGUGAACUGCACCAUUUUUGUUAUUGGCUAUCUUGUGUUCAGAGGAGCCAACAAACAAAAACACGUCUUCAAGAAGAACCCUAAAGCUCUUAUUUGGGGCAAACCUCCCAAACUUGUUGGGGGAAAGCUACUUGCAUCUGGCUACUGGGGAAUCGCAAGGCACUGUAAUUAUCUUGGGGAUAUACUGCUAGCACUUUCAUUUAGCUUACCUUGUGGAACCAGUUCGGUGAUCCCAUACUUCUAUCCUACAUACCUGUUCAUCUUGCUGAUAUGGAGGGAAAGAAGAGAUGAAGCAAGGUGCUCAGAGAAGUACAAAGAGAUCUGGGUAGAAUAUUGCAAGCUUGUGCCUUGGAGGAUCUUCCCUUAUGUGUAUUAAUCCAAAGAUUUUGCCCAGCAAUUGCAUCGUUGUAGAGCCUAGUGCAGUGGGCGUUGUUGUGAUACCUGAACAUGUAAAAUUCACCUAGAUGUUGUGAUACCUGAACAUGUAAGAUUCACCUAGAUGUUGUGAUACUUGAACAUGAAAGAUUCACUAGGCAGCUUCGUCUUUC